AUGUCGAAUCUUGUGUGUGAAGAUGAUGGUUGCAAUCGAUUAACUGUAGCCAAAUGUAUGCAUUGCGAUCAACAUCUAUGUCUGAAAUGUUUAACACGACAUCAACAACCGAUCGAAACACAAAUCUGUCAAUUGACCAACGAUAUGAACAAAUUGUUGUCAUUAGCAUCGAUUAAUCUCGAUAAUAACCAAUCGAAUCAUCCACAAGUCCAUGCGAACAAACAAUAUCAGUUGGUCUUGGAACAAAUCGAUCAAUGGGAAAAGACGAUGAUGAAAAAGUUGAGCGAUUUAGUUUCGCACGCGCGUCAAUCGUUACAAGAAUCGUUUGAACAAAUUUCGUUCGAAAUUGAAGAAUGGUCUACAGACAAACAAGUAGAACUACAACAAUUAUCUGAAGAAAUCGAGCAAUUAUCUUUCGAAAGCAAAAACGAAUCAGAUAUUCGAAUGAAGAUCGAUACAUACAAUCGGCAUAUACAAAAGUCUAUGAAAGAAUACGAAUAUGCACAUGUCGAAUUGAAUCUACUUAAUAAUGAUUUGAUCUUGUUUCCAACAUCAACACUACAGUUGUUUCAUUUAUUCGAGCAUUCAAUCAAUUUCGAUCUCGCAUUGAUUCACGAUCCCGCAAACGUCUGUUUUGAUGCAACUAAAUCAUCAUCAGUGCUUUCAUCAUCGUCAUCAUCAUUAUCUCCUUCUCCUUCCAAUUCUUGCACUCGUCGUGAAAAGAUGGUUCUACCAAGUGUUUUAAUAAGUUCUCAAAACCGUAUAUUCCUCUAUUCGAACAAAACAAAACAUCUACACAUCUUUACCACGAACGGAACAAUGAUCGAUCAGUUUACAUGGGAGCACAGUGACAUUGUUGACAUCUGUUACGAUCAAUGUUCUUCGACAUUUACCGAUGAUUUCUUUUUUGUCCUAUCGACAAACGGUAGUGUCUAUUCUCUACAAUAUCAUACCGAUAAACAUACAUAUACCUGGUCAAAAUUGAUUACAGUCAAUAAUCAAACUAAACAUCGACUUGAUCAGUGGACAAUAAACUCGACGAAACGAAACUUGAUUCAUUGUUCGAACCAAUUGAUCAUUACGAAUGACCAUGUUGAGCAUUUAUGCACAUCGGAUCAACAGAUAGCUUUGUUGCUACGCGACAAGCAGAAGAUUUUGAAUUAUCGAAUUGAAUUAAGACAUUUUCCCGAUUUACUUGUUACGAUAUGUUCAAUAGCACUCGAUCGAUUGUCGCGCCCAAUGAAACUCAUUUUUGAUAAUCGUCAUGGGUUUAUUCUAGCACACGGAAAUCAACUAUGUUCGUUUGGAUACGAUGGUGAAAUGAUUUCGAAACGUAUAUUUGAAGAUAUACUUGAAAUUAAACGAGCUACCUUCUGUCAACGAACAACUUGUGCUAUUUUGACCGAUAAUGAUCAACUUUUAUUUUAUAUACUUUCCAAAUAA